AUGGAAUCAGAACCAGUUUAUUACCUUAGAAGACUAUCACUAACAGUCCAUACGCCGGUAGAGUCUUCUGUUGCGCGGGCUACCCAUGCACGCCCUUCUGUUGUCUGUGCGAGCUCAUCCCAGAUAUCCUGUAGUACGGAGGAGCAAAGGCAUAAGAUGGCAAACAGAGUACUAGUCUCUUUGUCCCACUGUGAGAGGGAACCUGCCACAACAUUAAGCGUCCCCGACUUAUAUUCCUUCCACCUUGAAAUCAAAUCCCAAAAGUUUGCUCAUCCAAUGCUAUUGAGGGGAGGCGAUGAGUCAUUGCAGCAAGUUGCCUUUAGAACCAAGGUCUUUCACUCAAACAUCAACAGCAAUGGAAGUAUCUGCCUUGAUAUUCUUAAAGAGCAGUGGAGUCCGGCAUUGACCAUAUCUAAGGUCCUCUUGUCCAUCUGUUCUCUAUUGACGGAUCCAAACCCGGAUGAUCCACUCGUACCAGAAAUUGCUCACAUGUACAAGACUGACAGGGCCAAAUACGAGGCCACUGCUCGGAGCUGGAUGCAAAAGUACGCAAUGGGAUAA